AUGUCAAAAAAUAUAAAUAACAAAAAGGUCUUAGCCGAAAAAUUAAAAAGUUAUUUGAACGCGCCGGAAUAUGUGGCAGUCCCUGAUUUAAUUAAAGAUGGUGAUUAUGGUCCUGAUUUAGAAAUAACUAAACUAAUUAAAAGGAGAAAUGAGGAAAGAAAAAAAAAUUACCAAGCCAAAAUAAAGAAAAUCGAGGAUAAGAUAAAAAACCAGCCUGGGUUAUUUUAUUAUUAUGGCGAACAAAGCAGAAAUCAGCCAGGAAGUUCAAUUAAUUAUGGAGAUAAAAAAGGAGCAUAUUUUGUGCUUGAAGGAAUUGAAAAUGAAGUGGGCGAUAAAAUUACCAUUACUCCUUAUCAAGUUGAAACUAAUAAUCAAUUGCCUGAAAACCCAAAAAGAGAUUUAGAACCAAAAGGAAAAACAGAAAGAUAUUUAGAUAAGGACGGAAGCAUUGAUUAUCGUCAAAUAAAAUUCUCUUUUAUUGAUUGCUACGCUAGCCAUAAAGACCCAAAUGGCCAAGUAUUACAACAACAAAACUGCUCGCAUUGUCAACCCUGGAAACACCAUGAAAUUCCUAAUCUAAAUAAUAAAGAAGUUAUCGAUUUUCUAAUUAACUACUUCCAAGAAAAAAACAUUAAAAAAAUUAAACUAGUAAAUGACGAAUUAGUAAUUGAGUAUAAUGAUAAUAAAAAUUUCUCCUCGGCGGCAAAAACUAGUCCAGAAAACCAAACACUAAAAAAAUACCUCAUAGAGCAAAAUAUUAAAGAACUGACCAGGCAAGAAUUAAGAAAUAGGGCUGAUAAUACUACCUCAAACAAAGCACCUAACGAUAAUAAACGAGAAGUAAUUGUUAAUGCCGCUAAUUUAGAAAAUUUUUACCAGUUGGAACCUCAACAAAAAGUAAUUUACUUGGGAAUAGACUGCACGGGUGAAAGAUUACAUAUCGGUCAUUUAUUUUCCUUAAUUCAAACAAUUCGUUUUGCCAAGGAAGGAUUUACGGUUUUGCUAGUCUUGGGCGGAGCGACCAGUAAAAUUGGCGACCCCAGUGAUAAAUUACAAGAACGACCCCAACUAGCAACCGAAAAAUUAAAUCAAUAUUAUCAAGCGAUAAAAGACCAAGUUACGCAAAUAGUAAUUCGCCCACCAAUCGCAGAAACCAAAAAGGAGUUAGAUUUUGCUCCUUUGGAGUUAUUUUAUGCGGAUAAUCCACAAUUACUAAUGGGACGAAAUAUUAGUAUUAAUUAUCUACUGGCUAAGGAAACAAUUAAACAACGAGUAAAUUCCGAAACUGGUUUGUCAUUUUUGGCGUUUAAUUAUUCGCUUUUACAGGCUUAUGAUUUUUACUAUUUAUACCAAAAUUAUAAUUGUCAUGGGCAAUUAGGCGGGAGCGACCAGUGGGGAAACUUGACUACUGGCUUAAAAUUAAUUAGAGGGUUUUAUCCUACUAAUAAAACUUUUGCUUUUAACUUUCCUUUGCUAACUGAUAAAGACGGCAAAAAAUUUUCUAAAAACUUCUAUGAUUUUUUCCGUAAUAUGCCCGAUGAACAGGCCAAGACUUAUCUCAAACAAUUUACUUUUUUGACCGAGGAACAAAUUGCCGAAUUAGUAAAAUUAAAUGAUCCUCCUAAGUUGCGGAUAGAAAAAAUAAGAAUUAAAACUAGAAUAGAAACUGCUGAUUUUCCUACAAUAGCAAAAAGACUUUCAGAAAUAAGCAAUGUCACUGCUGAGAAAAAGAAAAAAGAUAUUAAAACUAUUGAAUUGAUUUUAUCAAAUAAACUAGCAGGUCGUGUUAUGGGUUUAAUAGAACUAAAAGAUGCAUUGAAAGACGAUAUCACUGCCGGUGAUGAAGUUAGUAAUACUCAUUUUUGGGUUGAGUUAAAUGAAAUUGAAUAUGAUAAAAGUAAGGGUAUAGUUGACAAUACUGGCAAACUUAUAAUAAGUGCUAAACCGAGUGAUGUUAAUGCCGGCAAGGUUUCUUGGCUAACUGGCGACCAUUCAGAUGAUGCUAAAAAAUUAGUGACUAUCAAUGCUAGUAAUAUUAAUCAAAAAGCUGAUGAGGUAGAAUAUAAAACGGAAGAUACGGGAAUUUUUAAUGGACCAAGGGACGCACUUUUAGCCUUGGAAGAUAAAUUAGAUGGAAUGAAAGAACAUUACACUAAAGAUGAAGGCGACAUUGCUAACCGCGAUAUUGAUGCUGACCUUACUUUUUUGGAAAAAUAUAAUGAUGCUGAUACAACCUCAAACGAGCAAAAAGUUUACGUUAUAAGAUGA